AUGCCUUGCCAACUUGCCAUCACCUCCGUGUCUCUCGGCCGCGGCACCGCCGGCCACAACUUUGUGCACAAGAUGGACAUGGCCCAAAAGCAUGGAUACAAAGGGGUCGAGCUCUUUCACGAUGACCUCGCCUCCAUUACACGAAUGAUGCCUGGUGGCCUGACAAAGGCGAAUGAGCUUGAAGCCGCCCGCAUCAUUCAUCAAGUGUGCCGGCAGAGAGGCAUCAAAGUUAUAUGUCUACAGCCUUUCUGGCACUAUGAAGGUCUCUUGGACCGAUCCAAACAUUUUGAACAUGUCGAAAAACUAUUCUUUUGGUUUAAACUGGCGCGAGCACUCGAAACAGACAUGAUUCAGAUCCCGUCCAACUUUCUUCCCAAAAGCCAGCUCUCCAGUGAUCCACGGCUUGCCAUUCAAGAUUUGCAAAAGGUCGCAGAUUUCGGCUUAUUACAAGAGCCUCCCAUGCGCUUCGUCUAUGAAGCUCUCGCUUGGGGCACGCACUGCGAUACGUGGGAGCGAAGCUGGGAGAUUGUCCAACAAGUCGACAGGCCCAACUUUGGUCUCUGCCUGGACACGUUCAACAUCGCGGCGAGGGUCUGGGCCGAUCCUACCGACCCUACAGGGCGCAACAAGGACUCUGACGAGCUGCUUGCGCAGUCGCUCGCCCUCAUGGCAGAAACCGUCGACGUCUCCAAGGUCUUUUGCGUGCAGGUGGUGGACGCGGAGCGCCUCGCGUCGCCGCUACUUCCAGGCCACGAGUUGCACGACGAGGCGCAGCCGCCUCGCAUGAGCUGGAGCCGAAACUGCCGGCUUUUUUACGGCGAGAGCGACAGAGGGGCAUGUCUACCCGUCAAGCAGAUUGCGCGGGUCAUUUUUAAAGACCUCGGCUACCAAGGCUGGGUCAGCAUGGAGCUCUUUCACCGCAGAAUGGCGGAGGAGGACGCCACUGUCCCUCGCGAACUCGCCGCACGAGGCGCUGUUGCUUGGAAGAAACUCGUACGAGAUGUUGGAGUCAAGGUGGCCCUCCCCCCGACUGGUGAUUUGGCAGCGUCUUCAGAGAAGCGACGCACUCGGUCGCGUCGGCACUUUCUUAGACCUCAACAACCGCAGAUGUAUUUGGGAGAGAGUCUGGGCAGUCUUUGCACAGGUCCCUCGCACGCAUCCGGCCUGAAAUGGCCCUACAAAAACUGGACCAGAGGUCCAUGA